CCUUGCGUCACCUGCUGAGUAAAGCUUAACUGUCGUGGCCAUGUCUUUCUGCGACGACACACUCCUGUGUAACUUCCCAAAGUGUCGGACCAAGCUGAGCGGCUUCGCCUGGGUCACAGCUUGCUCACAUGUCUUCUGUGAUCAGCACGGGUCCGGUGAGUUCAGCCGCUCCCCAUCCAUCUGCCCGGCCUGCUCCUCUGCACUGUCUGGGAAGCUGGACAUCGUGAGGACGGAGCUGUCUCCCUCCGAGGAGUACAAAGCCAUGGUGCUGGCAGGUCUGCGACCAGACGUGGUUCUGGACAUCAGUGCCCGUGCUCUGGCCUUCUGGAGCUAUCAGGUCCAUCAGGAGCAUAUGUAUCAAGAGUACAGUCUGUCACGAGGUGAGGCACAGCUGAAGCAGAUGGAGAAGGUGUUGACCCAGCAGAACCAGAGCAGAGAACUGGAGCUAAACGGCAUGAGGGGGGAAAUCGCCUCCCUGAAGAAAGUGAUGGAGGAGUAUAAAAGGAAGUACAGCGAGGUGUCCGAGAGGCUGAUGGAGAGGAACAGGCAGUACCAGAAACUACAAGGGCUGUACGACUCUCUGAGGCUGCGCAACAUGGUGGUGGAUGUGGGGGAAAGAGACACGCUGCAUCAUCCGGGACAUCACGACUUCAACACUGGGGUGGCUCGGCAGGCAACUCCCCAGAGAAGCCCUCAGUUCCUCUCCAUGGGCCACGACGGGGACAGCAGGUUCUUCUCCUGCCUGGAGGCUGACGGAGCCAAGACCUUCUUCCAGUUCAGCUCUCCUGCCAGAGAGAGAGGCCGGCCCUUCAUGAAGAAGCACUGAGACAGCAACAGGUUUCAUAAUAACCGUAGCAGAUUAACCCAACUACAUUUAUUUACAUUUGUUAACAAAGUGUUCUAAUGUUUAAGUAUUCAUUUAAAGGGCAGUGUUUGCCCUGAGAGCAUUUCUG